GACGCGUCAACAUUCUCCUCUUCCCUUCGUCAGUGCUCUCGGAACAUCUCUGAGAUCUCUCCUUCGUCAGUGUCCUCGGAACAUCUCUCUCUCCUUCGUCAGUGCUCGUGGAACAUCUCUCUCCUUCGUCAGUGUUCGUGGAACAUCUCUCUCCUUCGUCAGUGCUCUCGAAAUAUCUCCUCUCUCCUUCGUCAUUACUCUCAGAACAUCUCUCUCCUUCGUCAGUGCUCCCGGAACAUUUCUCUCUCCUUCCUCACUGCCCUCACGAUGAGUUCGACGACGACGCACGUCAAAAACAGGUCACAGAGGAAGCGCCUCUUUUUGACCAGGUAGACAUUCUGUGAGAAACCCGUGAGAAAAAGGAUGUUAGGCAACAAGCGGUGCUUGAUAAAGGCUGCUGUUGCCAUUGUUACAAGCGCAGCCAUCUUACUCGUCAAUGUUUGUUACGAAUUUGAAAAUGUCUUUUUGAGGAGGAGUUACGUUUCAGAUACUGUGAUGCCAAUGACCUCUGUCCUGCUGGAGCCAACCGACGAAGAAGCGGACAGUGACGACGUCGUCAGAAAGUACGGCUUUUGCAAAGCUCUCUUUAGCCUGGAGAAUCCAGCAUCGAGAGAGAAGAUUGAAUAUAUUUAUUCGGAAAAGAUACUCUCCAAUGCAACGGUUGGAAGUACAUUUCACGGAAAGGAAGGGACGAAAGGAAUGGAACCAGUGAAAGGUCUCUAUCCUAAGAUCGACGGCGUUUUGAGGAAAAUUCGAAAGCUGAAGUAUUCAGACCCAGAGAACCUGUUCGGUGAGGACUACCGGCCUCUGGCUGAACUGUUACCUCGCGUUGCUGAAUACGAUUCAUCCUCCGAGAAUGAACGCGAGGCGGAGGAACAACAAAAUCAUUCCAGAGACGAACCUAAACACAAAACUGAUCCAAGGACGAAACAUGUUAAACAAAGAACCUCUUCCAGAAUCGUGGAAGAGACGCUUCCAUUCGUUCCCUGUUCCAUCAGAGACUACGAGGACAAACGCCAGGUCUUCGCCUGCUUCCAGAAACGGCUCGACGUCAAGGGUUCUCUCUCCAUCCAUUUUUUGGGCGACUCCAAGAUACGCCAUCUUCUACACCAGUUCUUGGAAGAAACCGACGAUGUGUUCCGUUUCGUCACCGUAGCGAAGAACAUAACUCGUCUCUGGAGCAAAGCAAAAGUUGACUUGAUGACUGGGGACAAGUGGUCGGACGUUGAAGUGUUUGUCCCAACCUUGCCAGGUCUGCAAAUAACGCUUAAUUUUCGAAGGUUUAAGGAUUCACCGGACCUGCGACGAGACCUCCCCGAAAUUCAGCAGCUGAAGAAGUGGGCCAAUUUGGAGGAACCACCGCCUGACCUUUUGAUCCUUGGUAUGUCAGAUCAAACUAGAGACUUUCCACUAAAGAGACAUCUCAACUCACCAGAUAUCAAGGUAUUUGAAUCCAUUUUCCAGAUUACACUCCCUGCUCUUACCCUGCAUAACUAUUAUGGAUUUCUCCCGCCGAGAUACAGACAUACCAUUGAUGUGUUGGCCAUUUUGUUGGAACUGCACGCAAAAGUAGUUCCUCUCCUGGAUAAGAUAUCCAAGACAACGAGGGUGCUGGUGUUGUCCCAAAGCCGGAUGAGAGUAAACGCGAAGAACAUCUUCACCGACAACCGCGGUGCCUUGGCAGACUUCAACCACGACUGGAGCGAGAGCACGUUCUUGUACAUCCUGGAUCACUACCGCGACCUGGACUUCAAGUCGCCGUUGGAAUCUCGCCUGGCUAAAGCCCUGGAACUAUUGAGAGUCUCAGAUGACAAUUUUCGGAAUUACGCUUGGAAGUCUCUCUCUGCUCAGCCAAAAGCAUCUGGUGUUUGGCGAAAUUUCCAAGGGACGAAAGAGGUCGAGAAUGAAUCUGCCUUGAGGUCAGGGUCGUCGUAUUCAGCGCAAUCGAAAACUGGGUCUCCAGUGGCUGAUGCAGAUAUUUUUCCAGCGAGGCUCCAUCGAGUAGCUCGGGAGAAGUUGAUGAAAAAAGCCUCGGUGACUACUACUACAUCAUUUCGUGAUUAUCUCAUUCCCUCAAAAGAGGGGGGUUCGGGACUGUGGUUUUGGGACGCGCUGAUCCCCCUGAACUUGGCUGAGAUUCAGGAAUGUCAGGAAAUGUUCGAGAGAGGGUUGACAGAGGAUCCACUCUACCAGAGUACUGUUCUCUGGUGUCUUGAUUCGACCCAUGCAGGUAGCGUCACCUACCACGACCUGAUUACAAUGAUGCUUAACCUUUUAUGCAAUACCGUUUUAGAGACGGAAGAAGAUUACUGUUGUUCAUGAACAUUUAUUUAUUUUUUCCUCUCUUUUUUGCGUUUUAUUCAUCGUCUGUAAAGAAUAUCUUUUCAUCUCUUAAGAAUGGUUAGAUUUAUGUUACAUAAUAAAAGGAACUGUAUGAAUUUCGUAAGGAUAAGUUUAAUGCCCUUUUUGUCUAACCCAAAUAACACGAUCUAGAUCCCGUGCAUGCAAUUUUGUAAACCAUGUUAUUACCCUGUGAAAACCUUCUUUACACGUAUACUUAACAAAUUCCUGUAUGAAAAAUUUCCCAGUUACAUUGAAUACUUUUCAAUUCUAUUUGACAGAUUCAAAACAUGUGGCUUUUUGGUAACAGUGGAUAAAAAUUAGCAUUUGCAACAAAUUUGUAAAACGACCAUAAAACUAAAGGUUUUUCAUAAAGCACUAAACCUGGCAUCCUGUGAGGGAGGAAGUGACCUGGACUGACCUUUUCUUUAGUGUUUGAACAGAUAUUUUUAUACAUUUAAAAAGGGGUACCUUGUGUCCAAAAUAUAUUGUCUUGCCUCUUGACCAAGUGUCAUUCAGGAUACAAAUAUAUUUUCUCUUCAGUUUUAUUAGGAUAUGUUCUAUUUUUUUUGUACGUCGAUAGAUAAUAAACCU